CGGCUGUUUACAUUUUAUUGGUGUUUGAUACGUGAAUGCGAACGGACGGGGAAAGUUUUCGCUCGGAUCGUGCGCAGUGCAGUUUUUUUGUUAUUAUUGCCAGGCAAAAGGCAAUGUGUGUGCGGUUUUUUUGGUAUGCGUGCAAAGAAAAGUGUUUGUGUUUCGUAUAUUGGUGAGGAACAAAAAAAAAUGGUAAAAUAAAAACGAAAAUGUUUAAAUUGCCGACGGAAACAAAAACAAUUUCCUAAGGUAAUGGAAACAAAAAUGCAGCAGAGUACGAAUUUUACAUAUCAGUAAAAAAAAACAAAAUAGUGUUUAAUUGAAGAAAAAAACGAAAAUAGAUUAAAAAGAAAGCGAAAAUAAUGCAAAUGCUCAAAGUAAAGAAAACUACUUUUACAUGAGAAAAAAAGCAAAUAGUUAAAAGGAAAAAAGUAACGCACAAAGUUGCAAAACGCAUUUCUUACCACAUAAAAUUUGCAAAGAAGAAGACAUGAUAUUUAAUCUUAGGAAAUGAUGACGAGUAGUUGAAAAAAGUGAAAUUAAAAAUUUAUAAUAAAUGCCAGUAACAAAAGCAACAGAAAAGUAAGAAAAUAAAAAAAAAUAAUAAAAAAGUGCGAAAAAAUAAUAAAAUCUCCACCACUCAAAGGAGAGUUGAAUAAAAAGUUUUGUGCUGUUUGCGCGUCUGACAAUGACAGCCAACAAAAUGAGCAGCAGCAGCAGCAGCGAUUUGUCUGCUAAAAAGGCGGCAACAACAAUGCUACCAACACAGUCAAACGUCACCGACCCUACUGUUGUGAGUGUGUGCAGUAGUGAAGUCGUGAGUAAAGUAGCAACAAAAGCAACAUUUCGAAUACAAAAGCAAAAUCAACAACAACACAAACAAUACGAAAUGCAGCAGACAACGUCAUGCUGUAAGCAGCAGCAGCAGCAGCAGCAACAGCAACAGCCCCGCAUACAACUACAACGAAACUUACUCAUUGGAUUAAUUUUAACAGCAUUUUGCGCACAGACUGCAAUUUGUGCCGACUUAGCCAUAAGCAUACCUAAUAAUCAAGGAGAGGACAAUGUUUUUUAUCGCAUUGACUACAGUCCGCCAUUCGGCGAUCCAGCGCCAAAUACAACAAUACCAUCGCGUGAGAUUGGCGAGGAGAUUCAAUUCUCGCAUGCCUUACCCGGCACUAAAUACAAUUUCUGGUUGUACUAUACAAAUUACACGCAUCCAGAUGUAUUGUCGUGGACGGUGACAAUUACAACAGCGCCCGAUCCACCCUCAAAUCUCUCCGUGCAAGUGCGUAGCGGCAAGAAUGCGAUCAUCUCAUGGUCGCCGCCAACGCAAGGCAACUACACUUCAUUUCGCAUCAAGGUGCUCGGCCUAUCCGGUGCUUCCAGUUCGUAUAAUCGCACAUUCGUCGUGAAUAAUACAUUCCAGCAUAGCGUCAAGGAGUUGACGCCAGGUGCCACAUAUCAGGUGCAAGCCUACACCGUCUACGAUAAUAAGGAAUCGGUGGCGUAUACAAGUCGAAAUUUCACAACAAAACCGAAUACUCCCGGAAAAUUCAUUGUGUGGUUCCGCAAUGAGACCACGCUACUUGUGUUGUGGCAACCACCAUAUCCCGCCGGCAUCUAUACACAUUACAAAGUCUCUAUCGAACCACCGGACGCGCUGGAAAGUGUUUUGUAUGUAGAGAAGGAGGGUGAACCACCUGGCCCGGCGCAAGCGGCCUUCAAAGGUCUAGUGCCCGGUCGUGCUUAUAAUAUAUCCGUACAAACAAUGUCCGAAGAUGAAAUCUCCCCACCGACAACCGCCCAAUAUCGCACUGUACCCCUGCGACCGUUAAAUGUCACAUUUGAUAAAGAUUAUAUAACAUCAAACUCGUUUCGUGUUCUUUGGGAAGCACCAAAAGGUAUAUCCGAGUUCGACAAGUAUCAAGUAUCAUUGGCCGCCUCGCGCAGACAAUCUACGGUGUCACGAAAUAAUGAUCCGAUCGCCUACUUCGAUUUUCGUGAUGUUACCGAACCGGGCAAAACAUACAAUGUGAUCGUGAAAACCGUUUCGGGCAAGGUGACCUCAUGGCCUGCGGCUGGCGAUGUAACGCUACGUCCACUGCCUGUACACAGUUUACGUUCAUUCAACGAUGACAAGACAAAUACGAUGCGCAUCACCUGGGAGCCAGAUCCAGCAAGCACACAGGAUGAAUAUCGCAUUGCCUAUCAUGAGCUGGAGACUUUUAAUGGCGACACCAGCACUUUUACCACCGAUCGCACGAGCACAACUUUGGAGAGUCUGCUGCCGGGUCGCAAUUACUCGCUGUCCGUGCAAGCCGUCUCGAAGAAAAUGGAAUCGAACGAGACGACAGUCUUUGUCGUUACCCGUCCGUCUUCACCUAUUAUAGAGGAUUUGAAAAGCAUACGCACAGGUCUGAAUAUAAGCUGGAAGAGUGACGUGAACUCUAAGCAGGAGAAAUAUGAGGUGCUCUACUCCCGCAAUGGCACUUCCGAAGUGCGCACUAUAGACACAAAAGAUUCACGCUUAGUCAUAGCCAAUUUGUAUGCUGGCGCUGGCUACGAGGUGAAGGUGUUCGCCGUCAGUCAUGGCUUAAGAAGUGAGCCACAUGCAUACUUCCAAGCUGUCUUUCCCAACCCACCACGCAACAUGUCCAUUGAAACCGUGCGCAGCAACUCUGUCUUAGUGCAUUGGGCACCACCGGAAAAUAGUGAUUUCACUGAAUACUCAAUGCGCUAUCGCACCGAAACCAAGGAGCAAUGGAUUAACUUACCCAGCGUACGUUCAACGGAGGCAGAUAUUACCGAUAUGAUUAAGGGUGAGAAGUACACCAUACAGGUGAAUACGGUGAGCUUUGGAGUAGAGAGUCCCAAUCCACAAGAAGUUGUCUACACGGUGCCACCAAAUGAGGUCUCGAAUAUUAUACCUUUGGUGGACUCACGCAACAUCACAUUGGAAUGGCCGAAGCCCGAAGGACGCGUGGAAUCUUACAUACUAAAAUGGUGGCCAACGGAAAAUCCUAGCAAAGCGCAAACAAAAACUGUAACUGAGAAUAAAUCAGAUGAGUCCUCCACAGUGCGCGUUUUGAUUGGUGAGCUAAUGCCUGGCGUGCAAUACAAGUUCGACAUACAGACCACCUCGUAUGGCAUCUUUUCACGCACCACACACCUUUCCACGCGCACCAUGCCGCUCAUACAAUCGGAAGUGGUGGUUGUAAAUGAUAGACAAGAAGACGAGCGCGACACCAUCACACUCUCCUAUACACCCACACCACAGUCCUCCUCGAAAUUCGAUAUCUAUCGUUUCUCACUUGGCGAUCCCGAGAUAAAGGAUAAAGAAAAGUUGGCUAACGAUACGGAUCGAAAAGUCACAUUCACAGGUCUGAUACCUGGUCGUUUGUAUAACAUCACAGUUUGGACUGUCAGCGGUGGCGUCUCCAGUCUGCCCAUACAACGACAAGAUCGUCUCUUCCCCGAACCCAUCACACAAUUGCAUGCCACCAAUAUCACAGAUACGGAAAUCUCACUCAAAUGGGAUAUACCAAAGGGUGAAUACAAUGAUUUCGAUGUACAGUAUUUAACGGCCGACAAUAUACUUGCACAAAACAUAACCACACGUAAUGAGAUAACGAUCACCGAUCUACGUCCCCACCGCAAUUACACAUUCACUGUGGUCGUGCGUUCGGGCACCGAAUCGUCGGUAUUGCGCAGCAGUUCACCACUCUCGGCAAGCUUUAGUACAAAUGAAGCGGUACCGGGGCGUGUUGAACGUUUCCAUCCGAUCGAUGUGCAGCCGAGUGAAAUUGUUUUCGAAUGGCUGCUGCCUUCAAGUGAAGCGAACGGUAUUAUACGCCAGUUCUCCAUCACGUAUAUGAAUGUGAAUAAUGCUAGCGAGAUGCGCACGCAACAAUUCGAAUCGGUUGAGUCUACGGGCACCAUACGCAACUUGAAGCCAGGAGAAACGUAUAUUUUUAAAAUACAAGCGAAAACGUCGGUCGGUUAUGGUCCAGAACGAGAGUUUAAACAAAUCAUGCCGAUUUUAGCGCCACCACGUCCAGCAACACAAGUCGUACCCACCGAAGUCUAUCGCAGUUCGCAGACAAUACAGAUACGUUUCCGCAAGAACUAUUUCUCCGACCAAAAUGGGCCGGUUCGCUGGUAUACAAUUAUCGUCGCCGAGGAUGAUACGAAGAACGCAUCUGGUCUCGAGAUGCCCAGUUGGCAUGAUGUACAGUCCUACAGCGUAUGGCUGCCAUAUCAAGCGAUCGAUCCUUACUAUCCCUUUGAGAAUCGUUCGGUAGAAGAUUUCACUAUUGGCACGGAAAAUUGUGAGAAUCGUAAAAUAGGCUACUGUAAUGGACCACUCAAAUCGGGCACCACAUACAGAGUGAAAGUGAGAGCCUUCACGGCGCCGGAUAAAUUUACAGAUACCGCCUAUAGCUUCCCAAUACAAACCGAUCAAGACAACACAUCACUGAUAGUCGCCAUCACCGUGCCACUAACCAUAAUUUUCGUCCUACUCAUCACAUUAUUCGUAUUUAAGCGUCGUCGCAAUAGUUGUCGCAAAGCAACUAAAGACUCACGCGCUAACGACAAUAUGUCCCUGCCGGAUAGUGUUAUCGAGCAAAACCGUCCGAUUUUGAUAAAGAACUUCGCCGAACACUAUCGCCUCAUGUCCGCCGAUUCGGAUUUCCGUUUCAGCGAGGAGUUUGAAGAGUUGAAGCAUAUCGGCCGCGAUCAGUCUUGUACCUUUGCCGAUCUACCCUGCAAUCGUCCCAAGAAUCGUUUCACCAACAUAUUACCCUACGAUCACUCACGUUUCAAACUGCAGCCGGUCGACGAUGACGAGGGUUCCGACUAUAUCAAUGCCAAUUAUGUGCCCGGACAUAACUCACCGCGCGAAUUUAUUGUUACGCAAGGACCGCUGCAUUCGACACGCGAUGAUUUCUGGCGCAUGUGCUGGGAGAGUAAUUCACGUGCCAUUGUCAUGUUGACGCGCUGCUUUGAGAAGGGACGCGAGAAAUGCGAUCAGUAUUGGCCCAAUGAUACGGUGCCCGUUUUUUAUGGCGACAUCAAAGUGCAAAUACUGAAUGAUAGUCACUAUGCGGACUGGGUAAUGACGGAAUUUAUGCUGUGCAGGGGCAGCGAACAACGCAUUAUGCGUCAUUUCCACUUUACCACUUGGCCUGAUUUCGGCGUACCAAACCCACCACAGACUCUGGUGCGUUUCGUGCGCGCCUUCCGCGAUCGCAUUGGCUCUGAGCAACGUCCGAUUGUGGUGCACUGUAGUGCGGGCGUGGGUCGUUCCGGCACAUUUAUAACUCUGGAUCGCAUUCUGCAGCAGAUAAAGACGUCCGAUUUUGUCGAUAUCUUCGGCAUUGUCUAUGCCAUGCGCAAAGAGCGUGUUUGGAUGGUGCAAACGGAACAGCAGUAUAUCUGCAUUCAUCAGUGUUUGUUGGCUGUGCUUGAGGGUAAGGAGAAUAUUGUGGGUCCUGCGCGAGAAAUUCACGACAAUGAGGGCUACGAAGAUGAUGAAGGCAUCGCGGAAUCGGGAAUGUAAAAAAUAUCAAAACUAAAGUCAAAUUAAAAUGAAAAUAUAUAUAAUAUUAUAUUAUAUGUAUAUUAAACUAUAAACAUACAUACAUAUUUAGAGCUGAACAAAAGAAUGACGCUUUAAGAACCAAUUGGAUCAAUAAGAGAAUGCAAUAAUAUGUGAAGGGAAAAGAGUGAAAAAUACAACUAUUUUAAUCAACUCCUACUGACUGUCGUGCAUACACCGCCGACUUGUUUGUAUGUACAUACGAGUAUGUAUGUAUCAAAUGCAAGUAGCGACGUUGCAUUUCAAUUGAGACUCGAAUGUUGAAGAUCAACUCAAAGUGAAUGAAUAUAAAUAUUAAAAAAGAAAAUACUAAAAUAAAAUAAUACUAAUUUACAUAAGAAAUAAAAAAAUACACAUACUUAUAUACAAGUAUGUAUACAACAUUAUGUAGCUAAUAAAAGGACAACAGUUGAAGUUAUGCUCGCGUUGGCAGUGAGAGAAAGUGCAUGAAGUAGAUGAAAUUCGCCAAGUAAAGAACAAAAACUAUUUAUACUUAAAAAAGAAAAAUAAAACAAACACUUAAUUAAAUAAUUAAUUAGCGAAUAUGCGAGUGAAGCCAAUGUGUAAAGGUUUUUUUUACAACACUUUGUAUAAUAAUAUUCUAAAAAUUAAUGCUAAAAUUAUUAUUAAAGAGGAAAAAAAUGUUUAAACAUAGGCUUAUUUAAGCGAGUGUCAUUCAAUAGCUAUGACGUCACCAUUAACAGCUCUUUUCAUAAUUGAUUUUUGCUUUUGUCUGCUAAUAUUUUUUUUUACUUGUUGAAAUUAUAUUUUUUUUU